AUGACACUGGAGAAGAAGAAGAUACCAUGCUCUAAACAGGAAUGUGGUCGCUCGGCCGUAUACAGGACCAGGGAGAUGGCCGCUCGCGCUCUCGUCCCGUUCGUUUUGGUGACUCAGGUUCCGUCCACAGUCUGUGAUCUACUGAAAGAGCUUCCUCCCACACCUGGGCCCAAAAUCCAGCACAACCACAUCCACGGGACACUGCUCCAGGUGCUGUUUCUGCUGCGUUCCUUCCAGUCCGACUCUCACAGACCCAUCCCGUCCGAGAACGGUAUUGGCUCAGCUCUCCGUCGGUACAUAUGGAUCGCUUCACGGCAGAACUGCUGUCUCGUGACCAGAGGAGCCUUUUUGGACGUCUUGGUCAGUCUCUGUGGACCUAAGAUCAGUAUUUUGGAAGAUGGUGAGGUCAGAGAGUUGCGACGUGAAGCGCUCUCCGUCCUGUUGGAGUCCGAGCUGCUGGUCUCUGGACCCGAGUCUCUGGUCCCUGCUCCAGGCUCCAUUCAGCUCCUGCUCAGCCUGUCCCGUGUGGCCCUGGCUGCCUGUGUGGAAGAACCAGAGCAGUGGGACACUCCGCACGCACCUCAACUACUGGAGAGUCUUCUGAGUUCGCCCUGUUAUGAGGUGCGUGGUCUUGCUCUGGACGCUCUCCUGCGGCAGCUCCAGCAGAGGGGGUCCUCACAGUGGCUGCAGCAGACCACCCUGAGCCACCUGACGGGACGGGCCUUUCACGAGACACACCCCCAUUGUCUGUCCAAGGUCCUGGAGGUGCUGUGUGCGCUCGGCUCCACUGGGCCCAUCCUGUGGCAGGACGGGGGCCGGAUCAUGGCCCAGGAGGAGGUUCAUAAACGCCUGCUGUCCCUCACAAAGACCUCUGCACACAGUGUGGACCUUCAGUGCGCUGCCCUCUCCCUCCUCUCGCUGCUGGUGUCUCAUGCGGUGACCUCGGAGCCUCAGGACAGUGGUGCAGCCUGGUGUUACGCUGAGUGGGCCGCUGUGGUGUGCUCUGGCUGCAGCGAGGAGCAGCCACUGGAGGUGAAGAUGACGGCGUCCAAAGUCCUGGUUCAAUCCACCGCUCCAGUUCUCACCAGCCCCCACCUGCCUCUGGGUUUCGAUGCAACAGUUUCUCUGUGGAAGAGUCUGGUCACACUGCUGCAGGAUGAGGACAAAGAUGUGCGUGACGCUGCUGCAGACUUCAUCUGUUUUGUCCCUGAGUCAUUGCUGAGUCCAGAUGUGUGCCGCUCCUCGGUCUGCCCGCCCCUGGCCCUGGACUCCGCUGUGGGGAUCUUGUGUCGGCUGCUCCAUCAGUGGGGGAGGCUCUCGGAGGGGGUCCUGAGUCUGGCAGAGUGGCUGAUGGGAAAUGAAGAAGCGUGCCCAGAAGAGUCGGCAGAGGCGCCCAGUCUGGACGACGAGGACUUCCUGUUUGAAAAGGGCGAGCUGAACUUGUGGGCGGAGCCGGUGCAGUGGGUCCGGCUGCUGCACCGACAUCUCGCCGCCCUGCUGCAGUCCCAGGACCCAGAGUCUCCGGCCUCAGACCCGGACCGCGUCAGGACUCUGUCAGACCGGGCCCAGAGCCAGACUCAGGCCGCUGUGAGGUCCCUGUCCUCGCUCUGUCCUCUCCCACAGUUCACGGGGCCCAUGGAGCACGCUCGGCUGACGCUGAGGCUGCAGCGGGCUCAGAGGGCUGCAGACGUGCUGCACCAGAUCAGGUAG